CUCUAACCCGUCGCGCUGCCGCGCCCUUCGCUUCGCCCGCUCCUCCCCGAGACGGCGAGAGGCCGAGGCGGCCGGACUAACCGAGCGCCGCUGCCACCGCCGCCGCCGGCGGCCAUGAAGCCCCCGCCCGCUCCCACCAAAGCCCCGCUCCCGUGGAUCUCUCCCCUGCAGUACCGGAGCCCCACUCGCGCGGCGCCCUCCCCACCGCCUCCGCCCGCUCCCGAAACCCCGACGCCGCUGCGGUUCAUCCACCACCCCGAGCUCGCCGGCCUCAUCGCCGCCUCCCCCUCCGCGCAGCGCGCGCUCGACCUCUUCAACGCCGCCGCGGCGCAGCGCGGGUUCUCGCACACCCCGGCCACCUUCUCCGCGCUCCUCAUCCGCCUCGCGCGCGCCCGCCUCCCCUCCGCCACCGCCGCCGUCCUCCGCCGCGCCGCUUCCGCGCCUUGCCAGUUCAUCGAGCCGCAGUUCCUGCCGCUCCUUCGGCUCCUCCCGGCCGACCACUCCCUCACGCUCCUCCGCCUGCUCCCCGCGCUCCUCCGCCGGUGCCGCGUCUCGCCCAAGGCCCUCGCCGUCUGCCUCGACCGCCUCGUUUCCUCUCGCUGUCCCGACGUCCUUACCGAGCUCCUGGCCGACCUGCGCGACCCCCAGAACAAGUACCUUCCCAAGCCCAAUACGUGCAUCUACAACAUACUCAUCAAACAUUAUAUCAAAAAAGGCGAUUUGGGGAUCGCCUUCGAAGUGUUCGAUGAAAUGCGUGAGUUCAACUGCGCUCAUGUUAGACCAGACUUGGUCACCUAUUCAACCUUGAUAGGUGGGCUUUGUAGGGGGGGUAAGAUGAAGGAAGCGUUUGAACUGUUUGAGGAGUUGAUCGAGAAGGAUCACAUUGUGCCAGAUCAGCUCACAUACAAUGUGCUCAUCGGUGGAUUCUGCAGGCUGGGACAAGUGGAGAAAGCACAAGCAAUCUUUGGAUUUAUGAGGAAGAAUGACUGCGAGCCAAAUGCUUUCAACUAUGCCACUUUGAUUAAUGGGCACUGUAAGAAGGGGGAAGUGAACGAGGCAAGGAGGGUAUUUGAGGAAAUGAUUAGUUCUGGGGUUCAGCCGGAUGCUGUCAGCUACACUGCACUGAUCGGAUGCCUUUGUCGGCAUGGGAAUGUGGAUGAGGGGAUCGCUCUUGUGCUGGAGAUGAGGGAGAAAGGGUGUAAGGCUGAUGUUGUCACAUACAAUCUGGUGCUUGAGGGGCUGUGCAAAGAUGGACGGACAGUGGAAGCGAUGGGCUUGCUUGGGAGGUUACCGUUAGAAGGAGUAAAGCUGAAUGUCGCAAGUCACCGGAUUGUGAUGAAUUGCUUGUGUUCACAUGGUGAGGUGGAGAAAGCAGCUGGCUUGCUAGGCAUGAUGCUUGGACGAGGAUUUUUACCUCACUAUGCAGCAUCAAACAUGCUGCUGAUUGGUCUGUGUGAUGUUGGGAGGGUAGCAGACGCAACAGUUGCAUUGUAUGGACUGGUGGAGACUGGGUUCAUGCCAGAGGCUAGUUGCUGGGCAAGGCUGAUCGAGUCUGUGUUCCGGGAGAGAAAGCUUAGGAGAUCUAUUGAGCUGUUGGAUGUGCUGAUUGCUGAAGGGUGAGCAAGUCAACUCGGUGCAGCAUGGACUAUUUAUAAUUUUUGACCGAUUUCAUCACCUGAAGGGAGGUGACUAACCAGGUAUUAAGAUCUUCCAACAGGAAGUGAUGACCUAAAUAGCACAGCAAUCGAUCUUCACCAAGGAUUAUGCCAAAACAAAUACUCCAUGCAUGAUUAAUCAACGACAAAUGGAGCUGAAGUUAGAAUGACCAUAUUGUGGACAGGUGCUCAUUUUCUUAUUCGCUUUUCGCUGGUGUGUGUUCUUAAGGAGGGUUUACUGGCUGCUCGACAAUGCACGGAUCAGUAUAAUACGCUGUCAUUGUGGAAGCCACUGUGAGAUAUGAUUCGUGGUAUUUGACUGUAUUUUGAUUGUCAUUGUGGUAUUUGACAAUGCACAGAUCAGUAUAAGAAGGAAAUGUGCAGAGAGAGUCGCCAUUAUCAUCGUGAUUGUUUGAUUAUGGCCAUGGGCAUAGAGAUCUAAAUAUGAAAAGACACAACAUACAUGUAAAGGCAAACCGGCGAAGUUGAAAACCAUGGUUCAUGCCGAAGGGAGCGAUUCAUUAAGCCUUUAUUGGACACUGCAUAUGCAAUUCAGAAGUUUAGGGCCUGCAGGAAACAUAUAGAACUGCGUAGCGGCUGGCAAUGUCAAAUACCAAACUACUACUAAUACAUUGUCCUUGCAAUACAGACUUUUCCGGCGUCGUUGUUUCGUUGUAAUUAAGUAUAAGCGAAAAGGCUU